GAAGGAGUAGGAGACCCAGCCGUUCAUAGUUGGGUGGAAACCAUGGACGUGGAGGUGGAGCAGCAAGGCGCCAUGGUUGAUGCGGAGGAGGUCCAUGGCGCGGUGGAGCAGCAAGGCGUCAUGGUUGAUGCGGCAGAGGUCCAUGGCGCCGUGGAGCAGAAUGAUCAUGACGUGGUGGAGGAGGACCAAGUUGACGUGGAAGAACUCGAAGAUGAUUUCGAGAGGCUUCAUGCAUCCAUCCAAGGGUUUUUCGAAAAAGUUGAUCGUAUAUUUGCAGAUCAAGACGAGAUUUCGGCCAGGUUUAAGUAUCUUUACAGCACUCAGGUAUACAUGUAUAAAUGCAGAAGUUCCUCGAAAAGAAAUCAGUCAACUAAUUUGUCAAAACAAAAACAAAAACUGCACGUUCCAAUACUAAUGUUUUCAUAUUUUACUCGUAUGUAAAUCAAUUAUCAACAUAAUGUAUUUCCUGCAAAAUCCAUGAUGCUAUUAUAGGGUGCCCCUCCCCAACUGCCUCCCCUGCUUUUCAGUUACCAAGGGUUGAACAUUUCCAAAACUCCAACCUUCCUCCUCUCCGACACACGCCAACAAAAAUCAAUGCCACUGCGACCUCGAUGAUCGUUUGAUGAUCACAGGAGCGCAGUGUUGUUCAUCGGCUCAUCGCGCUCCUUUUCAGAUUAGUAUUAACCAGUCAAUUUCUUGUGAUUAAUUCUGCUCUGGUUUCGGGCGCCGGAGGAGGGUGGAUCGAUCCAUGGGGCGGCCCGACGAGCCGCCGGCGGGGAUCAGCGCGCUGUGCGUGUGGGCGGUGGCGGCGCUGCUCCUCGCCGCCGCGCUCGCCGGCGGCGGGUGCCUGGCGCUCUCCCUCGCGCUGCCCCCUGCCGACGCGCCGCCAUGGCUGCCCGCGGCCGGGCUCGCGCUCGUCGCGCUCCCCUGGGCGUUCUGGAUCGCCACGUGCUUGUACCGCUGCUGCUGCUCGUGGUCGCCUUCGGCUCCGGCGGGGGUCGUGGAGCGGCAGCCGUCUAGGUCGGUGGUGCCGCUGCCGAGCAGCGCGAACCUCAAGAGCGCGCUCAGCAGGAAGAAUCACGAAAAGCGGCCGCCCGACGAGGCGCCGCGGCGGGUGCGGUUCGGGGACUCCGUCGUGCUCGGGGAGGAGAAGAAGGAGAAGGAGGACGAUGACGAGACGCCGCUCGCCUCCUCCAUGGAGCCUUCGUGAUUUGAUUUUGAUGAUCCUACACAUGUACAGCUAGGAGGUCAGUAUUUAUCGCGUCAGACUGAGAAUCAGAGGUACGGGUGAGCCGAGGAGGAAUUAAAAUUAGUGUGAUCAAGGGGAAACAGAAUUAUCAUGUAAGACCGCCUGAUGUGCAGCAACUACUCAGCAUCUGUGAAUCAGUAGUGACUAGUGAUAGGCUGUGUUUGCUCCAUUGAUGCAUAUAUUGAUUGAUCGUUAGUUUCAUCAGUGCAGCAUUUAGUCUAGGUCGUAGUGAUAGGCCUUUUUAAAAAAAAAAUUGUCAGGUGAUAAUUUGUGUCAUCAAGUUUUUUAGGGGAAUUUUCAUGUAAAUCUGGUGGCGCUAGAUUUAAUUGGACCCAAUCUUGUCGUCAUGAAAAGGCCUGGUUGGAUGUCAGCCCAACUCCAAUACCCAGUUAAGAUUUGUAAAACUAUUUUGGGCUGCUUGAUAUCGGCCCAGUUUCAACAAUUAACCGAGCUAGCUAGGUUUGCAUAAC